AUGUUCACUCCGGCAAGGCGGCGCUGUGUCAGCGCGAUAAAGAACUCUCGUUCCGCAGAAACCUCGAUCCCAGCUUUCCAGCAACAAUCGUCGUCCUUUUCCACCUCGUCGCCAUGCCAGUCGAAAAUCGGUAGUGCACCGCUAUCAUUGCCUCCGGAUGUCAACUUCAACAUCGUCGAAGCCCCGGUCCAAAAGAAGGGUGCAAGAGUCAGCCGUACGCAAGAAGGCGCCACAAUUCACAUUGAAGGCCCUCUUGGAAAGCUCUCCAUGCCCAUUCCCGCCUACAUGAACAUUGUCUCGGACGAAGCGAAGCGCACAUACAGCUUGAGCAUUCUGGAUCAGGAGGAGAGAAAGCAAAGGGAGAUGUGGGGAACCUGCCGCGCAUAUCUGCAAAACCACAUUCUUGGUGUCAGUGAAGGUCACUCUGCCAUUCUCCGUCUUGUCGGUGUCGGUUACCGUGCAACCGUCGAGAAAUCGGCCGUCACAAAACAGCCAGAGUACCCUGGCCAGGAGUUCGUGUCCCUCAAAGUCGGCUAUUCACAUCCCAUCGAACUUGGCGUUCCCAAGGGUGUGAAGGCGAGCACGCCCCAGCCUACACGUAUCCUACUCGAAGGUGUCGAGAAGGAGGUCGUGAAGCAAUUCGCUGCCGAGAUCCGUGCAUGGAGAGUGCCUGAGCCCUACAAGGGUAAGGGCAUCUUUGUCAACGACGAAACCAUCAAGUUGAAGGCCAAGAAGAUCAAAUAG